ACGAUCGGGGUCUUUGGGCUUAAAGAGGAGAAACAAAAAUGAGAAAAAAAUUCUAUUUUUGCGUGGCUUAAUUUCUGUAAACAUAAGGAAAACGUAUCCGUAGUUGUGCUGUAUCUGGAUGCGUUUAAAGCGCAAAAUAAACUCGACCUUUCACAAUGACGGACCCUUACGUCAGACUAAAAAUCGUCAGCUUCAGACAAAAAUCAUCAACACUACAAGGGCCAGACACAAAGAAGAUAGCAGAGCCACUGAAGUGUUAUGGCCAGAAAUACAGAUACUUCAGUCAUUUAUGCAGGAUUUUAUGCAGGAUUUAAGUGAUUUAAGUGAGCCAUUUUCUGGAUUUAAUUAUUGGUCUAGAAAUCACAAACCCUGGACAAUAGGGUUGACAGAGAUUAUAGAUGAAUAUAAGAUGUCAAUCAAACUGGAAAAUAUUCAGCAUAAGGAUCGACACUUUCUCUUUGGUGCAAAAGUGUCCUUGGCAGACCUGUAUACCGAACCUGACAUCAUUCAAAAAAGUACAAGUGGUAGUUUCAAGAAUGUUCGUGUGGAUGAGUUGCUUGAAUCAAAGGCACCUCUGCAUAAACCUGUCAUUCUUCAAGGCAAUUCUGGCAGUGGCAAAUCCUUCAUUGCACAAAAAAUCAUGUUGGACUGGGCGUCUGGAAAACGUUACCUGAACUUUCAUCUAGUUUUCUAUCUGAAGUAUGAAGAGCUGAAGUGUAUUUCUGCAGAGAUGAACUUGUUUGAAAUUUUGAGCUGGAGAUCUAAUUUACCAUCACAUGUGAUCUCACAGAUGCAGUCAUCAUGCAAUGUGCUUUUCCUCAUUGAUGGAUUUGAUGAAUGUAGACUCUUGUGUAAUGACCAUUCCAUGUUACAUGUAUUCAAGAAAGCACCACCUGAGGUCGUUGUUUGUGCUUUGCUGAGGGGAGAAAUCCUGCCCAGAUCUACCAUGCUGGUCACCACUGGAACUGAGGUCAAACAGGGCACAAUGCUUAAAAGAUCACAGCAUUUCAAGAUUGUGGGCUUUUCUGAGAAGAAGAUAGAGGAGUACUUCCUGAAGUUCUUUCAGAAUAAGAAAUUCUUCAGGAAGGCUUAUGAGUCUGUAAAGUCAAAUGAAACCCUGUUGACUGCCUGCUCCAUUCCUCUUAUCUGCUGGAUCAUCUGCACAGUUAUUAAAGAAAGAGUCAAUGAUGGUGCAGAUUUAACAAGAGGUCUGGAAACAACCACAUCCAUAUAUGUUGAGUUUGUGUCCACUGUACUGGAGCAUCACUGUCAGGGUUUGAACGAGUCUGUCCCAAACCUGCUGAGGAGUCUGGGUCAACUGGCAGAGAGAGGGAUGCUGGAACAACAAGUUCUGUUUGAAGAGAAAACCAUAAAUAAAACUGUUUUAGUCCCUGCCGGCAAUCCACUCCUGGAUAAAUUGCUCCUUAAGAAAAGAAUCCAGCAGGAGACAAUGUUCAGAUUCAUUCAUCUCAGCUUUCAGGAGUUCUUCACUGCUCUGUACUUUGUCUUAUUGGAUGAAGAUGAGUCUCAGAAGAAAGUCAAAGAGCUUCUUCACAUUGUAGAGAGAGGAUGGGCUUUGUCCUGUUGGCCUGUUGCUGACUUUUCAAACAGAGAUUCAGAAAUAAGAAGUUCACAUCAGUUACAGUCUGUGAUUUUGUUCCUCUGUGGUCUCUGUAAGAAUGAAAUGAUCGACUCAUUCUUUAAAAAGCACAACGUGGCUGUUAGUAUCAACAUAAAAACCCAGCUAAAGGAAUGGAUCCAUCAGUGUUUACUGAAAUAUCAACAUGAAAACAUGAUGUUCAUUCUUCAUUGUCUCUUUGAGCUUCAUGAGAAGAGCUUCAUUGGGAAAGUUUUGGGAGAUUUGGUUCUGAUCGAUCUCUCCAACACUCCACUAAAUAAGACAGACUGCUGGGUUCUGCGGUUUUGUUUUCAGUGCUGUGAACGCAUCAGAAACCUGAGACUCAAUGUUACAUCUGAUCAUCUGAAGAUACUUCAGCCUGCAUUGUCUAGUUGUGAAGAGCUGUGGUUGAUGGUGGAUGAUUUCUCAGAAGAUGUCGAAACUUUCCUCUUAGCUCUUAGAGAAAGAAACAUUCUGAAUCAGCUGAUUUUUGGAGGUUCUGGUAGAGGGACAGUCAUUGUGAGGAAUGUCCUGCAGUCUUUGUCUGGUUUGAAGAAAGUCCAUCUGCAGGGGGACAAGUGGACUGAAGAAUGGAUUUCAGUAAUCCGUUCCCUCAUCCAGACCUGUCCCAGUCUCAGCAAACUCGGGAUAAAUGCAGGAUUAUCACUUAUUCCAUUACUGGUAAAAGAGUCCCUGAAGGAAUCACUGAGACAGACGGGUUGGACCAUGACAGUCUGCAGGAAGUCAAUGUUGAUUGAACAUGACGAGAAGAGAGACAGGAAGAGUUUGACAGAGGAGGAGCCAAAGACAGAACAGAGAGUAAACGAUUUUCUGCCUCUGGAGUCUUCUGUAAUGAUGACCUCUUGGCUAAGGCAGGGCAGUUCAGAGGAGGUCCUGGGUCGUGUGGCUAGGAUGGUUCAGGGUCAUGGGGCAAACGUGGUCCUGGGUCGAGGAACAGACGUGGACCUUGAUCAUGGGGCAGGCUUGGACCUGGGUCAUGGGGCAGGCUUGGACCUGGGUCAUGGGCAGGCUUGGACCUGGGUCAUGGGGCAGACGUGA